AUGCGCCUUGCUCAUUUGCAUAUACCGAAUAUUAUACCAUUUAGACAGGCUUCCCUUCUGCAGCAGAUACUCGUCUCACGCCUACUCACCCAUAAAAGGAAACAGUCUGACUCUCCGGCUCUGUUUCCACCUACAUCCGCCCCAGAUCCUACGAUCUUAACAUUCACUCCUCGCCCCGUAUAUACGACUGGAAGACGCGACCUACCUGCGUCAUGCUCGCCGAACGAUGAGUCAUCAAACACCUUCGCUACCAAGGCAUCGGACCUUUCCCUUCCCACUCCCCUCGAACCGAUUCGUAAUAUCCUAACGCCGACUUCCUCUCCUACCAAUGCCGCCCAACAUCUAGCUGAAUAUUAUCCUACUCUACGUGGUGGGCAAACUACAUACCAUGGCCCCGGCCAGCUAGUUAUAUAUACCAUACUGGAUCUCCGGGCCUUACGUAUCGGGCCGAGAUGUCACAUCAGGCUACUUGAAAACAGUGUACUCGAUGUGUUAAAAGGGUUUGGUGUGAAAGGCGGAACAACUACUGAAGAUCCGGGUGUGUGGGUGAAACCUGAUGCCGGGAACAGCGGCAUACCUCGCAAAGUUGCCGCGGUUGGUGUGCAUUUGCGACGGUUCGUGAGCAGUUAUGGCGUCGGAUUCUGCAUUACCGAGGAGCCACUAUGGUAUCUGCGGCAGAUAGUUGCGUGUGGACUUGAGGGCAAAGAAUCUACGAGUCUAGAGGGUGUGGGUGUGAAUGUAGGAGAUGUAACAAUGGAGGAGGUUAGUACGCGGUUUGUCCAGGCGUUUGUCGACCGGGUGAAUUCCGGAGGACCCAGUGGUGGUCAGGGCCCGAGGCUGGACGAGGUAUAUAGGAUCCAAGAGGAUGAUGUACUUGGUUAG